AUGGCGGAGCCUAGGAGAGAGAAACUCAAACAGUCACCUAAAAGAGUUUUUGUCAACAACAUAGACUCAUACGCUUCUAAAUGUAUUGCCAAGUUUUUGUCUGAAUGUGUGGUCGGAACACCUGUUGAUCCUGAAGGAGAAAUGGCAACAGCAGAAGAGGAGGACGUAGUUGCUUUGAACCGCAGUGGGGUAGGAGCUUUACACGUUGUUGGCACAGCUUCGGAAAAAAAUGACGAGGACAGACCGUAUGUGCUGGAGGAGUAUUCACACCUGAACAGGGAUGAGCUACUUUCAAAGCUGAUGGACUGUGAUGUUGUUAUCUACAACAUUACCCAGCAUGCUGAUCAGGUAGAAGAGGCCCUCUGGGCUGUUUCAGCUCUCCACAAAGAAAUGGGCCAUUUUUGCGAACCAAAGAUGUUCAUCCUCAUCUCCACUGUGAUGACCUGGGCAUGCAGCAAGCCAUUCGAUCCUGAGGAUCCGGACCUGCCUUUCACUGAUGAGAUGUUCUGGAGAAGAAGAGCACAUCCCAACUUCAAAAAACACAUUGACCUGGAGAAGAGGGUGGUCAAAUUGGGCAAAACUAACAGGACAUUGUUCUCAACGUACGUGGUGGCGUCAGGACUUCAAUAUGGGAUGGGAGAGCAGGUCCUCCACUUCUUUUUCAAGACAUCAUGGCUGGGACAAGAACAUGAAAUACCUGUCUUUGGAGACGGCAAAAACAUCAUUCCCAUGAUUCACGUCAAUGACCUGGCAAGUGUGAUUCAGAAUGUGAUUGAACAUCAGCCCAAGCCAUAUUACCUCCUAGCUGUGGACUUCUCCAACAACACCAUGGAGGACAUUGUGAAGACAGUUGCUUCUGCGCUUGGACCAGGGAAGAUCCAGAAAAAGCCUUUUGAGGAAGCCUUCCUCAUACAGGACUUGAGUGUCAUGGAAAUUGACUCCAUGCAGGUCAAUCUUCGCAUGGAGGGUGUCCAUCUCGAGGAACUCUUCUCUAUCAACUGGUUGUGUAAGUCUGGUCUGGUGGAGAAUAUAGAACUGGUGGUAGAGGAAUACCGGCAGAACAGGGGACUGUGGCCCAUCCGUCUGUGUGUGCUGGGUCCUCCUGCGGUGGGGAAGAGCACAGUGUCCAAACAGAUCUGUGAACACUACAAACUCCAUCACAUCACGCUGAAAGAGACCAUCUCUGAAACCAUCUCACAACUGGAAGAUGCUGUGAAGAACGCUGAUCCAGAUGCAGAUAGUGAGGACUCUGCAGCAGAAGCCCAGGAGCUGCUGAACAGCCUGAAGGACAGUAUGGAGCAGAACAUAGGUCUUUUGGAUGACCAGCUGUUGGUAAAGGUGGUGAAAGAUAAGCUCAUGUCCAACCCAUGCAGAAACCAGGGCUUUGUCCUGGACGGCUUUCCCAAAACAUAUGAACAAGCUAAAGAGCUCUUCUAUGCUGAAGAACAUCAGUCAGAAGAUGGAACAUCCCUGAUUUCUUUAAACAGCAAGAUGAUUAUGCCAGAGUUUGUGUUGUGCCUGGAUGCGUCAGAUGUCUUCCUGAAGGAUCGGGUGAUGAACCUGCCUGAGAGGCUUGUGCGGGAGCACAACUACGAGCCCGAGCACUUCCUUCAACGACUGGCAAUAUACAGAGAGAAUAACCUGGAAGACGAUGCUGUUGUCAGCUACUUUGAUGAGUUGGACAUCACCCCUCUGUACCUGGAAGUCACCAGUAGCAAUGAACCGGACUGCCUGCUGCUGAUGCAGAAGAUCUUUGACACGGUGGGCCAGCCGAGGAACUACGGCCCCAGCAGCCAGGAGGUGGAGGAAGAGGAGAUGAGGAAGGCUGAGGAGAGGAUGAGGAGAGAGGCCCAGGAGAACGCUGAGGAGGAGAGAAGGGAGGCAGAGGAGGCCCGACAGAGGGCUGCACGCUGGGAGGAGUGGACUAAGCGUUUGGAGGAGGUGAGGCAGCAGGAGGAGGAGCUACUCGAGGCCCAGUCAGGCCCUAUGAGGAGCUACCUGAUGGAGCACGUCAUGCCCACACUGACCCAGGGUCUGAUCCAAUGCUCCACAGCCCAACCGCAGGACCCCGUGGACUUCUUGGCGGAGUACUUGUUAAAGAACAGCCCCUUGAACUACUGAACAAAGAGGUCAUUUUUGUGAUUGCACACACGACGCAAAUACAGAAAAAACUGAAAUAAAAAACUAAAUCCUCC